AUGACAACGAAUUUACGUUUAAAAGAAAUGACACUGAAUCUGGUUUCCUCGCAGCCAUAUCGCAACACUCAGCGGUGCUCAAAUCGCUUGGAAAAUGCUUUGGAACACAUGAGGCGACGAAGUUUUCAAACCAAAUCCGCCCGUUCGUAUACUCCCGUACAAUCGCCCUAUACCUUGUAUCACUCCCUCUACGGCCAGGUGGAUGAAAAUACUGAUGAUGAUUUCUACCACCCACAACCGAAUCGUGGAUAUUAUGCCAAAAAUAAUCGAAUUUAUGGACCAAAUUCAAGAUUAGAUUUUGAUGCUGCCCUGUCCACGUACCCGAACUCACCGCAAGCCGCUCCGAUAUAUCUAAAAUAUCAAACCCAAAGGCAACCACAUAAAUUGCAAGUAUCACGAGUAGAGGUUGAAGAUUUGCGAGUUCGAUUGCCACCUGAGACAAGUGCGCGAUGGGUUGAAAUCGAUAAAUGCAAAUUUAUUUCGGAAAAUUCAACAUUGGAUACACGUUUAAUAUUUCCGGAUUUGACACUAAGCGGGCGCAUUGUACUGCAGCCAACGGGUGGAAAAUGUAAUAUGAUGUUAAGGCUGAGACAUGCUGGUAUUGAAUUUCACACUGUGCCAAUCGGAUUUGAAAAGAUAGGCGGUGAAGAAUCCCGGCGAAUUGGUGCUGCCUCUGUAAGGACGGAUUCACAUUUUGCCGAACCGGGAUUUAUAUCAGUUUUUGCCCAUGGAUGUCAAGGUCCAACCGGAAUAAAAUUACGACAAAACUCAAAACGUCGUUACAGUUUUGUCAAUGAAGAGCCAAACGAGGGCCAACGACCGCAAACAUCACAACUGACACCGGAUGUUAUAUUCGAUAUCCGAAGUGAGGGUUAUAUACCACCAAAUAUGCGUGACGAAGACUUGGAGUGGACCGAUGCCAAUUCCCAGGAACUUCUCGAUCCGAAUGGAGAUAAUUUCUAUCGUCGACAAUUCCGUAAAAAGCGCAGCACCUACAAUAGACGUCGUCUAGUUAGAAAUAUGGCUUCAGAUCGUUUGAAUGACGAAAUGAACUUUGACGAUGAUAUCCUGCGUUUUUCCGAUGAUAAUGUUCAGGAUUUAUUGCAACCGGAUGCCAGAGCAUUUGCCGAUAUAUUUUCCAACAGCAAUGAUGGUGGUGGUGAUAACAUGUUCGGUGAUCGCGAGGAUAUCAAUGAUGCGUUCAGAGAUGAACUGGAAAAAUUAUUCUCAAUGGGUGUUCGCAGUCUCUUGACCACUUACAUGCAAAGGGCUCUACAGCCGGCUAUUAAAGAGACACUUAUGGAAAAUAUGGGCUAUACGAUAAGUUAUGGCUAA